AUGGAACAUUCUGGUGUUUUGAAAGAUGCAAAUGAAAUGGAGACAACGCUCACUACUCCAAGUGUCAGAUGUCACACGACAAAUGGAAGUGUGACGUGGCAGACGGGCAACAACAAUGGGCGUCUCGAAAAAGAAACUGACUAGGAGAGUUCAGAUGCAAACAGGAAUAGAAAAUGAGAAGCACGACAAUAGCCCGGUCUAGUAGCUUUGGAAACUGCAAGUGAGAGUUAGCUCUUGAUCUUGCCUACACUUCAGGCUCACGAGCCGAGAGAUCCGGCUCAUCAGAUUAGGAAUGUAGGUGGGCUCAGCCAGGUAACUAAUCCAACCUAAUCCAAACUCAAUUUCCGUAAAGCGUCCGGACUUGCAAAACUCGCAUAGUUUCCCAGUCUCCCAUCGGGUCGCAUUUUGCGAAAAAAAAACGCUGUCACACGUAAACAGGACUCUAAAAAUGCGAUAAAUUGGAAGCAAAUGUGAAAAGAGUGUGUGUGUAUGUUUUGUAGAGAGACACGGGUUGUCGGGCGGAGAAUUGGAAACAUUCGAAUGGGAAAGAACACACGUUGCAGGUUAUGUUCUCGAUCCGAACGCUCUGCUGCCCAUUCAUCAUCAUCAGCAGCCGCCGACCUACGAAGACUCUAUCAAAUCGCACUCGCCGCCCAAGUACGACAUGACACCGGCUACCACGAAUUGUGAGUUCGUCGCGAGAAGCCGAGAGCGGGUAAAUACGAGAUUGUAGUGGAUUUCUGCUCCCGUUCCAAAGUAGAAGAUGAUAAGAGUCUGGGAACACUUUGAGGGAAUAAAAAAGAGUCGAAAUGAGAUGCGAAGUAGAGAUAGACAGCCACAUACUUCUCGAAAACGGAGAGUUUGGUGCAGAACUAAAGAUUCGUGACGUCAAAUACUCCGUUUACUCUAUUAGUAAUCUCGGUGAACCUAGACUCCAGAGCGCAUUUGAUGAAAAUUCAACCCACUUUUUUACAGCUACGACUCACAACUCGAUGGAAUUGCCGACCAGCAGCGCCACAACUGCUCGCGUCGAUGGAAGACUUGGAGAAGUGGCACGUGGCGCUCCGAUGCUAAUGCACGCCCGAUCAAUGUCCGACUCGUGGCUGGGACCGUACGGAGAAACGGAGGAAGAGGGCAGAAAGAGUGCUCGAUGA